UUAAUACGUAAACUGCCCUUUUCCCCAUCGCCUUACGCCAAGGGUAGGGGGGUGUGCAUAGGCAGAAAUUAACCUAUGCUUAAAACUUUCUUUAGUGGAAGUUCAUACUUACAUUUUUUUGUGUUUUAAACCUCUUUUCACUCGCUUUAAAGCGCGUGGAGACUUUUUCCUCACUGCUGAUUUUUCAGAGUGUUAAAGGCAGCGUAACUUGAUAUAAGAUGAUUGACACAGUCACAGGACCUGGGGCACAGCCCUUUGCAGUUCAGCUGAAGGCCCUCACAGAUCUGGAGGGCCGCUACCAGCCCAAGCUGAGUGGCUUGAGGCUCAUCGAGGGUGCCCAGGACAAUGGCCUCAGGAUGACCGCCAGACUGAGGGAGCUGGAGGUGAAGGACUUGCUCUCUCUGACCAGGUUCUUUGGUUUCAGCUCAGAGACCUUCUCACUGGCCAUUAGCUUGCUGGAUCGAUUCCUCUCAGUAAUGAAGAUUCAACCAAAGCACCUGUCCUGCGUGGGCCUUUGUUGCUUCUACAUUGCCGUGAAGUCCUCAGAGGAGGAGAAGAAUGUGCCUCUGGCCAACGACCUGAUCCGCAUCAGUCAGAAUCGCUUCACGGUGUCUGACAUGAUGAGGAUGGAGAAGAUCAUCAUGGAGAAGCUCUACUGGAAGGUGAAGGCCCCCACAGCUCUCCGCUUUCUCCGCCUCUUUCACAGCCACAUCCAGGAGCAGCUCGAUGCUGAGAGCAAGAAGAUACUGAGUCUUGAGAGACUGGAGGCUCAGCUGAAAGCCUGUCACUGCUCAUUUGUCUUCUCCAAAAUAAAGCCAUCUCUGCUUGCCAUGGCUCUGCUGUGUUUUGAGGCCCAGGAUCAGCAUGACCCUGACCACACUGACAAAAUAUCAGAGGUCCUGAAAAGUCUGCAGCAGCAGCUGAAUAUCAAAGAUGGGGAUCUGGUUUGUGUGCGGGAGCUGGUUGGAAAAUGCCUGGCCGAAUAUGCCACCACCAAGUGCUCCAAGCCGAACAGCCAGAGACUUCGCUGGACUAUUUCAGGAAGAACUGCACGUCAGCUGAAGCACAGCUACUACAAGAUUGCUCAUCUUCCCACCAUACCUGAGUCGGCUGGUUAAAAUCUGGGCGGUACGAAUGGGUGACCUUACAUGCAGAGAAAAAUCACUAACUUUGUUCUCUGAUUGCAGUUAGGUCACCCAUCUACAGCUCCAGAUAUUUUCCUUACAGAUCUUCAUCAGCGGUGAUGGAUUUCUUUAAGGAAAAGCCACAAAUAUUACAGUUUUCCUCAACUUUGUCAUCAUACAUAGAUGAAGCACAUUGUAUUUCAUUUUCCCCAGUGACAAGGAGUAAUGCUUCGUCAGAAAGGUUAAUCUACUGCCAUCCUGCUAAGUUUUACUUUCUUGGUCGAGUUGCUUGCACAAGUGUACAGUAUGUUCUCUUUUAAAUCCGUACCAAGGUCUUUGGUGUUUCCUGGAGCGGGUUGCUGGUUUUAAGCUAACAAGUAUAGAACCACCUAGGUCCUCAGUCCACCAUGUGGAAGAGGAGGGAGAAGGAUUUUGUGAACAGCAAAAAUGGAACCAAGAAAUCGGGCCCAGAAUCCUUAACUCCCACCCUAGGUUGCUAAACUGUCCUGAAUGCACACUCCUACCCAAGGUGAUGAUUUUUUUUGUUUUUUUUUUAUGUUGAUACGGCGAGGGAGCUCUGGUUUUCUCCAGUGAAAUGAGGCUAGUGACGAUCCCGUCAUGUAUGGCUAACCAUACUAUUUGAGCUGACAUGCCAUCAGCGGUUACAGAUGAGUUGUUUUCACCCAUUCUCAAUUUGUGGACACAGAGCACCAAGUGUAUUUUUUGAUUUCAGUUGUCGAUGCAGAGAACACUAAAAAAAAUAGUAAUUGCAGUGGAAAUGUGGAUUGGAAUUUGAAUUGUAUUUUCUCUGCCAGUUUCCCUGUCUAGUAUAAGUUUCUUUUAGUAAGAAAAAUACAAUGUGCUCUCAAACUCAAAAUGGCUAAUUGAAUACACCAUCUGGUUAACCUAUGUACUUGUACCUUUCAAUAAAACUUUAUUGAAAAGCUA